UCCGGAGUGAAAGCAGACAGAGGAGGCUAACUGGAUCGUAUAUUUCAGGGGAAAUGGCGAUGGUAGAGCUGAGCAAGGCAAAACCAUACUUGGCGAUGAUAAGCCUGCAGUUUGGAUUUGCAGGGAUGUAUGUCAUAACCAUGGUUUCUUUGCAGCACGGAAUGAACCAUUAUAUUCUUGCAGUUUAUCGCCAUUUGGUGGCCACCAUAGUUAUUGCACCCUUUGCUCUUGUGCUUGAAAGGAAAAUAAGGCCCAAGCUCACUCUCCCUAUUUUCCUCAGAAUCCUGGUGCUUGGUUUCUUAGAGACAGUGGUGGACCAAAAUCUGUACUACCUGGGGAUGAAAGACACGACAGCAACACUUGCAUCGGCCACUGUCAAUGUGAUUCCUGCAAUUACCUUCGUAUGGCGUUGAUUUUCAGGUUGGAGAGAGUGAACAUUAAGAAGGUGCGCAGCAUAGCCAAGAUAAUCGGAACAUUAAUAAUGGUCCCCGGAGCAAUUAUCAUGACACUGUACAAAGGUCCGGCGAUCAAUUUCAUAAAGUUGCAAGGUGGAAGCCACCAC